AUGAAAUUGCAUCUAAGAGAUGAGUUUAUAAUCUACACACACACACAUGUACUUUUCGAGGAGGUAAAUUUUAUUUACAUCAGUAGAUAAAUAUUCUUUCUUUGCCGCCGUUGUCCAAUGCUACAUUCAUCAAUUAAGACUAAUUUUAAUUUGACUUUGAAUAGUAGUUUAUUAUUUACAAAUUUCAAAUCGUCGGCCAUUGCAAUUGGCUUGAGAUUUAAAAUUAACUCAACUAAGUAAGUGAUAAGUAAUAAACUUAAGUUACAAAACCACUAAAAAAAUGAAUGA